AAAGAACAAGAAAAAAGGGUGUUGUUACGAUGGCAUCGAGUGAUAAGGUUCCGGUGGCGUGUCCGGCAAGCAGUGGAGAUGGAAAGGAGCCAAUGGGAAAUCCGACGAAAACCACUACGGCGAUGCUAGAGAAAGGAACGGCUAUGAUGCAAUCGAUGAAACCGAUCAGGCAAAUGAGCCUCCACGUGUGUUCAUUCGCUUGCUAUAGCCAUGAUCCCGGUCGUCAGAUCGAAGUUCAUAUUUACGGCCACCGUGUAAACCAGGAUUUCCUCCAAUGUGCUGUCUACGAUUCCAAUUCCUCUAAGGCUCAUCUCAUAGGGAUCGAAUAUAUAGUGUCGGAAAAGUUAUUCGAAAGUCUCUCACCGGAGGAACAAAAGCUUUGGCACUCGCAUGAUUACGAGAUCCAAAUGGCUCUUCUAGUAACUCCAAGGGUCCCUGAGCUCGUUGCGAAACCGGAGCUUAAAAAUCUUGCCAAAUCUUACGGGAAAUUUUGGUGUACAUGGCAGAUUGACCGAGGGGAUAAAUUACCACUAGGUGUACCAUCACUAAUGGUAUCGCCACAAGACGUGAAUCUCGGGAGAAUCAAACCGGAGUUGGUGAAAAAGAGAGAUGAAGAACAUGGAAUCUCGACUGAAUCGUUGAAGCCGUCAAGAGAUGGGAUCUGUGGACCAGAGAAGAAGAACCUGGUUGCUGAUUAUUGGGUUAGGUUUAGGAAAGGCUUUGCGCUUGAUGUUGUUGAAACAGAUAUGAAGAGAACAGCUCCCUUCCCCUAACUUUUGUGUGUGCUUUUUUUCUCAGACAUUAAUUAUAUAAGUUUUCGUAAGCUUACACUAGAUGGGUUGUGUACUUAUUAUGUUAUGGAGUAUGAUAAUGUCAUAAACAUGAGAAUUUUUUCGCUCUUUGUUACUCAUUCACUCACUCUAAAUAGGUUGUGUACCCUUUUUUUUUCUGGUUUAAGCAAAAGAGAA